GCGGGCAGGGGCGGCCGGAGGCGGGGUCCGGGCGGGGCGGGCCCCGCGCGCACUUCCUCGGGGAGGGGUUGGGGCCGAGCUCCCACUCGCCCACACAGUCCGUGUGCAGCCGGCACCCUCACCGGCGGCGCGCUCGGCCCCCGCUCGGCCCGGCCCGCAGGUACGAGCCGCCGCCGAGGGACGCGCGGCCCGGCUUCCCCGCUCCCGCCGCCCGCUUCGAGGGCGCACUCAUAGCCACCAUGAGCGAGUCCUUUGACUGUGCGAAAUGCAGCGAGUCCCUGUAUGGCCGCAAAUACAUCCAGACGGACGACGGCCCCUACUGUGUGCCCUGCUAUGACAAUACCUUCGCUAACACGUGUGCUGAGUGCCAGCAGCUUAUCGGGCAUGACUCAAGGGAGCUGUUCUACGAAGACCGCCACUUCCACGAGGGCUGCUUCCGCUGCUGCCGCUGCCAGCGCUCACUGGCCGAUGAGCCCUUCACUUGCCAGGAUGGGGAGCUGCUCUGCAAUGACUGCUACUGCAGCGCCUUCUCGUCUCAGUGCUCCGCCUGCGGGGAGCCCGUCAUGCCUGGGUCCCGGAAGCUGGAAUAUGGAGGCCAGACGUGGCACGAGCACUGCUUCCUGUGCAGUGGCUGUGAGCAGCCGCUGGGCUCCCGUUCCUUUGUGCCCGACAAGGGUGCUCACUACUGCGUGCCCUGCUAUGAGAACAAGUUUGCGCCUCGCUGCGCCCGCUGCAGCAAGACGCUGACACAGGGUGGCGUGACAUACCGUGACCAGCCCUGGCAUCGAGAAUGCCUGGUCUGCACAGGGUGCCAGACGCCCCUGGCAGGGCAACAGUUCACCUCCCGGGACGACGAUCCAUACUGCGUGGCCUGUUUUGGAGAACUCUUUGCACCCAAGUGCAGCAGCUGCAAGCGCCCCAUCACAGGACUCGGUGGAGGCAAGUAUGUGUCCUUUGAAGACCGCCACUGGCACCACAGCUGCUUCUCCUGUGCCCGCUGCUCCACCUCCCUGGUGGGUCAAGGCUUCGUGCCGGAUGGAGACCAAGUACUGUGCCAGGGCUGCAGCCAGGCAGGGCCCUGAGCCAGGACUCCUGGGCCCAGGGCCUCCAAACCAGGGCUCCAGGACUAAGGCUCCUUUUCCAAACCACCUUUGGGACCCAGCCCCACCCUCCACCCCCAAAUUGGGGCUCCUCCUGGGCUCCAGGAUUCAGCCUCCCUGCUCCCACAUCCCAAACCGGUACUCCCUGACCCAGGGCUCCCAAACCUGGGCUCUUAUGGAGCCUCCAUGAUUCAAAUCCCCUCUGCUAACCUAGACUCCCCCUACAGUCUGGGUUCCCAGAUCCCAAGCCCUCUCCCCAAAUCAGGGCUCUAGACCCAGCCGUCUAAACCUGGACUCUGGGGCCCAGGCCCCCUUUGAUCUAGACUUCUUUCCUGAGACGUUAGGUCCUCUGUGGGUGCCUGAGAAGUCCUCAAAAGUGGGCUAUAUUCAGGUUUGACCCUCCCCACCGUCAUCCCAAUCUAGCCCCGGGGCUGGGGCUCUCUGGACAGCAAAACAGGCGUUCACACUUUAAAGGGGUCCUAGAGCACAGGGUUUUGCCCAUCCGGUAUCUGUCGAGUGUUUUCUCCUUUCAUUUGAGCUCCAUUCUGCCCGGAGAUGGGCAGAGGGGGUGGGACUGGCUCACCCCGCCCUUCCAGAUUCUGCAAUAAAGCAAUGUGAGGAAG